AUGGCCCCUUCUAAGGUCAGCUCCAAGGUGAGCUCGAGCCAGGCAGAGCGACAGGAACCUCGCAUGGUAUGGAACAAUACCAAUAUCAACACUGUACGCGACAGCCAGCCCUCCGCCUCUACUCCCUCUCCUGCUGCUCAAGCUGACUCUAUCUCUGCACGUCAGCUGUGGCAGGUCAUCAUGCGCACCCAGCAGGUGAAGCUCGACCUGAACCUGGCUGAGAUCUCAGCUGCCUGGCCCACUUAUCCCCGCCCCACGAUCUUUGCAUUAGAGCAGCAGCUUGCUGGCUUCCGUCGUCAUGCCCGUGCUGGAAACAGUGUGGUGCUGCGUCGCGGUGAUAUCAACAUCGCCAUGAGCGCCCAGGCCGCUGCCGAUGCUCUGGCUGCAGCCACAAAUGAACAAAUCCACGUCUCUCCCGUCCACGGUGGUGCCACUGGCCAGACUACCAGCAAUGCGACUGCCCACGCUCACCCUCCUCCCAGCACCAUCCCCGGUGACCAGGCAAUGGCAGGUCCUAGUAGUACUAGCUUCCAUGCUGUGAAUGGUGGUAACGCGGGUUGGUGCUCCCUUCCUCCCUUGCAGAUAAACAGGCCUAAGGAGUCUCAGGUACCAACCACGUCCGGCGGACUUCCCCUCGCCAGGCUGCCCGCUCCAGACCAGCCAGCCAGGGCUCUGGCGCUUAGCAGGAUAGAGAGUCGUCGUAUCGUGACUAGAGCUUACUGGCCUUAUCCUCCCGUGGCUCGUCGUUACGUCCCCUAUUGUGACUGUGGCAGCUUGGAUUGUUUUCACUGCUACGAGAGGAUCAUGGCCCGGCGGUAG